AAAUCGAGCUCUGCAUGUGACAGGGGACUGGAGAUCUCGACUUAGACCAGUUGUGCUGGACGGGUACCGACCUGCAAGGCUGCCUCUGAGGGGCUUUAACCCUUGACAGCGGAGUGAGAGUUGCGCGCUUAGGCGGUACUCGCGAGGCUCCGGGGCUUUGAAAAUGGACUAGAUGAGGCGUUGGUCCGAAGUGAUUUGAUGGUUAGAAUAGUGGUAUCGUUUUAGACUUAGCGGAAGUGGAGUGCAGGAAAGCUCUAUGCGGCUCUCCCAUCAGUUGUGAAAGUGUCCUUAUAAUGCGGAUUUCCCAGCAUGUGUGGUUCUAGGAUCGAAAGGUCAUGAAACGAGUACGCACCGAGCACAUUCAGAUGGCAGUGUCCUGCUACCUCAAACGCCGGCAGUACGUGGACUCCGAAGGUCCCCUGAAGCAAGGACUGCGGCUGUCACAGACUGCUGAGGAGAUGGCCACCAACCUCACAGUCCAAUCAGAGUCUGGUUGUGCCAACGUAGUGUCCGCAGCCCCUUGCCAGGCAGAGCCCCAGCAAUAUGAAGUGCAGUUUGGACGACUGCGGAAUUUUCUCACUGAUUCUGACUCCCAGCAUAGCCAUGAAGUGAUGCCCCUCCUGUACCCUCUCUUCGUCUACCUCCAUCUCACCCUGGUCCAGAACAGUCCGAAGAGCACGGUGGAGAGUUUCUACAGCCGCUUCCACGGGAUGUUUCUGCACAACGCCAGCCAGAAGGAUGUCAUUGAGCAGCUGCAGACCACUCAAAGCAUCCAGGACAUCCUGUCCAACUUCAAGCUCCGAGCAUUCCUAGAUAACAAGUACGUGGUCCGCCUCCAAGAAGACAGCUACAACUACCUUGUCCGCUACCUCCAGAGCGACAACAACUCCGCGCUCUGCAAAGUGCUUACCUUGCAUAUCCAUCUGGAUGUGCAGCCUGCCAAAAGGACAGAUUACCAGCUCUAUGCCAGUGGCAACGCUGCGCGAGGCGAGGGCAGUGGCCUGGAGCCCUCCGACAUGCCCGCGCCUGUCCUGCACGACGAGGCCGCCCUGGCCGUCCUGCAGGAUAGCAUACGGCGCGUCAAGGACGGCCCUCCAUCCCUCACCACCAUCUGCUUCUACGCCUUCUAUAACACCGAGCAGCUGCUGAACACGGCCGAAAUCUCCCCGGACAGCAAGCUGCUGGCGGCCGGCUUCGACAACUCCUGUAUAAAGUUGUGGAGCCUGCGAUCCAAGAAGUUAAAGCCGCAGGCCCAUCGUGUCGACGUGGCCCGUGUCCACUUGGCUUGUGAUGUUCUGGAAGAGGAGGAUGAUGAGGAUGACACUGCGGGCACAGAGAUGAAGAUUCUGCGAGGACACUGUGGACCAGUAUAUAGCACGCGGUUCCUCGCAGACAGCUCAGGGCUGCUGUCUUGUUCUGAAGACAUGUCCAUUAGGUACUGGGACCUGGGGAGUUUUACCAACACUGUGUUGUACCAGGGACACGCGUACCCUGUGUGGGACCUAGACAUUAGCCCGUACAGCCUGUACUUCGCCAGCGGGUCCCAUGACCGCACAGCGAGGCUGUGGUCAUUUGAUCGGACGUACCCGCUGAGAAUAUAUGCAGGACACCUGGCGGACGUGGACUGUGUCAAGUUCCACCCCAACUCUAACUACUUGGCCACGGGCUCCGCCGACAAGACGGUCCGGCUGUGGAGCGCCCAGCAGGGCGGAUCGGUGAGGCUCUUCACGGGCCACCGCGGCCCCGUGCUGUCCCUCGCCUUCUCUCCCAACGGCAAGUACUUGGCGUCAGCGGGCGAGGACCAGCGCCUGAAGCUGUGGGACCUGGCAUCUGGGACCCUUUACAAGGAGCUCAGAGGCCACACGGACAACAUCACCAGCCUCACGUUCAGUCCGGACAGCAGCCUGAUCGCCUCGGCCUCCAUGGACAACUCGGUGCGCGUGUGGGACGUCCGGAACGCGCACGGUGGCACGCCCGCCGACGGCUCCUCGGGCGAGCUGGUGGGUGUGUACAGCGGCCCGGUGAGCAGCGUGCUGAGCGUGCGCUUCAUGGCCUGCAACCUUCUGCUGGUGACCGGAAUCUCACAGGAGAGCCCGGAACAUUGACCCGUUACCUUGCUGUGGCAGACUGGGGCGGUGGUGGCCUCCAGGUGACUAGUCUUGUGACAAACUAAGAUGGAAUCACUAACUGACUGUGAAAGACUGCCCGCUUCCCCUCCCCUGCGCAGGCGUCCUGAGCACUGCGCCCCUUCACUCGGCUCCCCAUGUCGCAGGACUGGGGGUGGGGACACGGGUGGUGACCAGCGGACAUGAGAUCGAGAACUGAGACGCUUGGUAGGUCAGAUUGCAAGUUCCCACAGAGGUCGCUCCGUGUCCCCAUGCUAGCGCCCUCCCAUCCGACACGUUCCUGUUUGUCAAACCAACAGGAGCUGCUGACGCGCGGGUGCUGCGCCACUCCAAGGGUGGCCUGGGCGCCAAGCGCCGCCUGGAGGAGCAGGGCCGCAGGGUCGCCUGUCAUUAGUCACCAGGGGGAAGGGGAUCUUGACUGGUGUAGGAAUGCAGGGCUGGGGACUGGGAAAGGGGGCAGGGGUUGUCUGGGCAAAAAGACUUUCCAUAAUUACAGAGAACAGAAUUUUUUAUUAUUGUUAUUGUAAUUAUAAUAUUAUUAUUAUUAUUGAGAGGGGAACCGCAGCACUGGCAGAGGGCCUUCUCUGCACUCACCCUUCAGGUUUUACCCCUGGCACUGGCCGUGACACUUGGAAUUUUGAGGUUCAGGGAAUUCAGAGAAUUUGGUAGCACAGUGUUUGGGGAGAAAGGGAAACUUUCUGGGUAACAGAUCAGCUACUCCUGCUGAUGUGUUUCUAGAAGUGGGGGGCAUUUGAUUGAGAAAAUCUUGGGCUCUUGCAGUGAUGGUGGGAAAGAAAGGUCCUUUUCACGGCUGCACUUCUAUUAGCAAUUCUCUCCCCUGAAAGGACAGAUUAUGGUAAAGAAAUGAAAAUAAUUUGAAGCAAAAAGUCAAAAGAUAGAGUUAUUAAGUGUUGAAUUUCCAAAUGAGCAUUGACUCAGAGGUGUGGCUUUUUCAAUGUCUUUUCCUCCUUCCGACCACCCACUCCCACCGCCUGCAUUGCAAUAGCAGUUUAAUAGAAAACACUUUGUGAAACAAAUUGUAAGUGUGUAUGCACGCAUAUAAAACUAUGUUUUGAGGAUAAAGCAAGUUCUAAUUUGUGGAAAAAGGAUUAAAUAUUUCUGUUUUCUGAAAAGAGUUAUUUUGUAUUUUGUUUUCUAUUAAAAUGUAUUUAGUUUCCAAAAACAGUGUUGGCAUCUCAUUUAAACUGUGAGGACAGGUGGGCAUGUAGUCUGCCUUGUGGUGACAUGCAGCUCACUUUUCUUCGGGAUAAUAGCCAGUUACGUAGGCCAGACCAGCCCCAGAGGUGGGGUGUUCCUAUCGCUCUUAUAUUCUGUUCAGCUUACUUUGAAUCAUGCUUCCUCUUGGCACUUGCGUGGAUUACUGAUAGCAUUCGGUACUGUUUCUACAUCCAAGAUUGCCGAUUGCUGACCGGGGACAACAUAUAUUUUGCCAUCUAGAGUUAUUUGGUAAGAUCCUACUUCAGAUCCUACUUUUUU